AUGUCGACAGGGAAAUCUUUGCCCAGGGAUGCAGGCAAAUUCCUGAUGUGCUCUGGCUUGCCGGGUGCGCAUUAUAUGUUGGUGGAGAUGCUGGGCGCAUUGCCAACCCGGGUCGUGCAUUCCGUCCAGAUGGCUGUUGGCCUCUGUUUGCCAAAGGCGUGCGAGCCGACGGAUGUGCCCAUGCUGAUGAACACGUCUUUGGUCCAACGGCUCGUCCCCGACUUGAGCGUCCUCCGAGUGUCGGACAUCCACGCCUCAGAUCCUGUUGGCGGUUUGGCAUCACCAGGCAUUGGAUUUGCCCUCGCCGUCAGUGUUGUGGUAGCGCUUGUGGGCCUCAUUGCGUCGUCUACGUGGAUGGUGGGAUUCACAAGCCAAGCAAGGGAGGAGACGCCAGAAGCGGGCAGACGGGCUUCCUGCAUUUAUCGAUGUUUUGAGGCCUUUUCGCUAGUUGGGCGGACUGGCACGCUUUCGAAAUUGGUGGAGCUGCCACCGUCCAAGCCGACAGAUUGUUUGAACGGCCUGCGUGUUUUGGCCAUGUGCUGGAUCAUCCUCGGCCACACCUUCUUGAUGCCGGAAGGCGUUUCUGGCUAUACCAACCCGCAAGACAUCUCGCUUGGUGGCUUGAAACGAGCGGUGGCGGAAAACAGCCCGUGGUUGAUGCUAAUCAUCCAGGCUGAGCAGAGCGUGGACACAUUUUUCUUCUUGUCUGGUUUCCUGUUGUCCCACCUCACACUCAAAGAGCUUCAGAGAGGAGGAGGAGCCAAUCAGCUGCUCGCAAUCCUCCUCAGAUAUCUCCGGCUGACCCCGAGCUUGGCCUUGACCAUGCUGGUGUAUUUUGGUAUCCUCCCCUACUUGGCCUCGGGUCCCUUCGCGCUGAGCCUACAAGACUCCAUCUUCCGACGCUGUACUGGGUCCUGGUGGUCCGAGCUGACCUACACCAUGAACUUCAUUCCCUUCGACUCCGAUAAAGUUUGCAUGGGAUGGACGUGGUAUCUUGGCGACGAUAUGAUCUUCUUCAUUCUGGGCAUUGCCAUAAUUCCGAUCUUUUACCGUACCAAGCUCGUGGGCUGGUUUCUUCUCCUGGCCUUGAGUGGCAUCUCCCUGGGCAUCACUGCGGGACUGAUUGCCAAGUACCACCUGUCCCCCUAUGUUUUUGACCAGCACUACGCGGAGUAUUCUUACUACGCCUACAGCAAGCCUUACACCCGCGCCCCUGCCUACUUCGUUGGGGUGGCAGCGGCCUGGCUCCUGCAGACCUUGGAGGAAAAAGGCAUUACCCGAGAGUCGCAGACCUUCGGGCGGAAGCAGGCCAUCGGCGCAACCUCGCUGGCUUUGCUGGCCUUUGGCGCCUUGUGCUUCAUUGUCUUCAUCCCGUCCACGGACUUCGGGACGCACCAGAACAGCUGGAAUGAUCUGGACAGCGUGCUCCUUCUGGAUUUUGGCCGGCUUCUGUGGGCACUUGCCUGGGCUGUGAUCACUCUGCUCUGCUACUAUGGUCACCUGCCUCGCAUCAAUAGCUUCCUGUCCCACCGAUUCUGGACGCCCUUCGUGCGCCUCACCUACGGCGCUUACCUGAUGCAUCCUCUGGUCAUCAAGCUGGCGGCCGGCACCUCUGUGCAGUUCUACACCUUCUCGGGCAUGGAUAUCUGCUACCGUUUCAUUGGCAAUUGUUCCAUUGCCUAUGCCUCCGCGGUGGGCCUGUGGUGUUUCAUUGAGCGACCGCUGAUGACGCUGACAACAGCAGGACUUAACAUGCUCAUGUCAUUUCGUUGCCCCAGCUGUCAGAAGCUUGGGUUUGAAGCCACAAGGGCUGCCAGUCCGCCACUUCAUUUUCUUCAGACAGCCUCAUGCGAACAAGUAAAAGAGUUUCUACGCAGGUGA